GAAUUUCAUUAAAAAAAAAAAAGAAUCCCAAUCAAAAGAUAAAGAAAAAAUGACCCACAUCUCCAACUUAACCACCUGAUUUGCUGGACCAAAGCAGAGAAAACAAAAAUGUCAAACUUUCGUAAUCAGACGAGAGCAGCGGCUUCUCUGAUCAGGUGCCUGAAACGGAGCCUCAUCGAUCCUGCUCGUAUGGCUCGCCCGAGAUGUUUCACCACGGCGGAGGGCCACCGCCCCACACUCGUUCACAAGCGCAGCCUCGACAUCCUUCAUGAUCCUUGGUUCAACAAAGGAACAGCAUUUUCCAUGACGGAGCGAGAUCGUCUGGAUCUUCGUGGCCUUCUUCCUCCAAAUAUAAUGUCUUCCGAACAGCAAAUUGAACGCUUCAUGGUUGAUUUGAAGAGGCUUGAAGUUCAAGCUAGAGAUGGACCAUCUGAUCCAAAUGCUCUUGCCAAGUGGCGGAUUCUUAAUCGCCUGCAUGACAGAAAUGAGACUAUGUAUUAUAAGAUUUUAAUUGCCAACAUCGAGGAAUAUGCUCCUAUAGUUUAUACUCCAACUGUAGGUCUUGUUUGCCAGAACUAUAGUGGUCUGUUUAGGAGGCCUCGAGGAAUGUACUUUAGUGCAGAAGAUCGGGGAGAAAUGAUGUCUCUGGUUUACAACUGGCCAGCUGAUCAGGUUGAUAUGAUUGUUGUUACAGAUGGUAGCAGAAUAUUAGGUCUAGGAGACCUUGGAGUUCAGGGAAUUGGAAUUGCAAUAGGGAAGCUGGACUUGUAUGUUGCUGCUGCCGGGAUCAAUCCUCAGAGGGUACUUCCUGUCAUGAUUGAUGUUGGAACUAACAAUGAGAAGUUGCUCAAAGACCCCUUAUAUCUGGGGCUUCAACAACACCGUCUUGAUGGUGAUGAGUAUAUUGCGGUGAUUGAUGAAUUCAUGGAGGCUGUUUUUACUCGUUGGCCACAUGUUAUUGUGCAGUUUGAAGAUUUCCAGAGCAAGUGGGCCUUCAAGUUAUUGCAACGUUACAGAAAUACAUACAGGAUGUUCAAUGAUGAUGUUCAGGGAACAGCUGGGGUUGCAAUUGCUGGUCUACUUGGAGCUGUAAGAGCACAGGGAAGGCCGAUGAUUGACUUUCCUAAACAAAAGAUUGUUGUUGCUGGUGCUGGAAGUGCAGGAAUGGGGGUUCUCAAUGCUGCAAGGAAAACAAUGGCUAGAAUGUUAGGAAAUAACAAGACUGCUUUUGACAGUGCAAAGAGUCAAUUCUGGGUUGUUGAUGCCAAUGGUCUUAUCACAGAGGAACGUGAAAAUAUUGAUCCAGAGGCCCUGCCAUUUGCAAGGAAAAUCAAAGAAGCUGGUCGCCAGGGAUUAAGGGAGGGUGCAAGUCUUGUGGAAGUGGUGCAGCAAGUGAAGCCUGAUGUGCUUCUUGGGUUAUCUGCAGUUGGAGGAUUGUUUUCCAAAGAGGUGUUAGAGGCUCUUAAAGGUUCAACUUCAACUAGACCAGCCAUCUUUGCAAUGUCAAACCCUACAAAAAAUGCCGAGUGCACCCCAGAGGAAGCUUUCUUGAUUGUAGGUGACAACAUUAUAUUUGCAAGUGGAAGUCCAUUUAGAGAUGUUGAUCUUGGAAAUGGUCAUGUUGGGCAUUGCAACCAAGGAAACAACAUGUAUCUCUUUCCAGGUAUUGGACUUGGAACUCUUCUAUCUGGCUCUAGGAUUAUUUCAGACGGCAUGCUACAGGCUGCAGCAGAACGGAUAAGAGAUAUAACAAAGGAGGUAGCUGCAGCAGUGGUGAAGGAAGCCGUAGAAGAGGAUCUUGUGGAAGGAUAUCGUGAGAUUGAUGCUCGAGAGCUCAAAAAAAUCUGUCAGAGCCAGGAGGAACUUGUAGAAUAUGUGCAGAACAACAUGUGGAGUCCAGAAUACCCCACCCUAGUUUACAAGAAGGAUUAGUUGGCCGGAAUAAUUUAUUGAAUCUGAAAAAUCCUCAAUCAUAGAUGUUGUGCACCAAACAAUCCAGCAGAGCUUGUGGUAAGCUGGUGAUGGAAGAAUCAAACAUGCUGUGUUGGCACUAACGCUCAAGUACCAGCAUUCUUCUAAAUUCUGAUUUCGUUGGUCAGAUAAAUUCAUUACAGUGAAUGUGAUACAUUAACUGUGGGUGUAAAUGCAUUUAUAUAUGUAUAAGCUUUUGCUUUGAGUAUAUGUAUUUAGCCUGGACAAAGUUAAUAUACCAUAUAUGAUUUAAAGAAGGCACAAAUGAGAAAUAAAGGAUGGGUGGACUUAA